AUGUCGGUUGAAUCUAGCAAAUCCUGUGUAGAAUUAGCAAAACAAACCAAACCCACGUCUAGGUCGGUUCGAGGAGUUAGUCCAUCCUCGGCCCCAAUAUUACGAAAGAAAGUCCUCAUGCACAACGCAGCUUCCUCCAAAAAAGUGUCAGAAGAUAGAGAUAGAAUGGAUAGGGGAAUGGCUGAGAAAGGCGAGGCUACCUCCGAGUCUGUCACCAGUAAUAUUAUUAUGGGACAACCGACCGAUAAAACCAAUAUAACAACUAUGAAAACAAAGGGACCCGAAACCGCCACUGAUGACAAUACAUCUUUUGACAUUGAAGCUGAGCUUGGUCUUAUAGGACUAUGCAAACCAGUGCACCGCACGGAUGAUGAGUGGUCAGAUGUCGAAAGUAUGUCAACGGCUAUGGAUAGCGUAUCAACAGCCAUAGAAUCAGUGUUAUUUAGAUUAGACAAAAUCACUGAGGAUAUAAGGGAAAUAAUAGACUACGGAGUGAGCCAAAGUGCGUUUCAGAAUAACUCAGGUUUGGGUACAGAGCUGGCAAUUGCAGAAAUCAGGGACAAGCUUAAUCAUCUAGAGACAUAUAACUGUAGCACCAUAACAAAGCAAAUAACGGAAAGUCCCAAAAAUGUCCCAAUAAAAGAACAACAAGCCACUCGCCCAAUAAAGUCUUAUGCAGAAGCACUUACUUCAUCACGGUUUGGUCUUGUAGUUGAAUCUUUGGAUCCCAGACAUACAAGCGAAGAUGUUGUUAACACUAUAAAGAACAACAUCGAUGUGGUACAACUUGGAGUAGCUAAGGCAAACUGGUCUCUCUUCAGAAGCGACUUGAAAGAAAGACUAGAAAAGGAGAACGCAAUAGAGGAUAAAAUAAAAACAAUAAAAACACCAGAGGAAUCGGAUGAUAUCGUAGACAUAUAUGUCAAACAAGUAAAAUUAGCAUGCCAGAAAUCAAUACCAACUAUAUUUAAAAAUGUAUAUAAAACUUGUACACCUUGGUGGAAUUCACAGUUAGAAACAGAACGACGUAUAGUUAUACAACUUAGAAGAAAAAUAAAGUUUGCCAAUAAAAGACGUAAACCGAACGUUAUUCAGGAUUUCGUGGAGGCAAAAGAAAAUAAAGACGAAGAAGAAAAUAUCGAACAUCUAUUAAUUGACUGUCCUAGAUUCGCCAUACAAAGACUUGACUGUGAACAAAAGAUGGGGAUGGCGCUCACUAUCAAUAAUUUAAGAAAUGCAAUUAACAACGAUGACUGUCGGACUCAUUACCUUAAGUUUUCAGAAGCAGUUGUACGCUCUGCGGAACUAGAAAAUAUGAAAAAGGAGCUCAUAAAAAAACACCACACAAUUCAUCAACUUAAACGUCGAAGCCUACCGCUAGCUCUAGAUGAGCGUAAUAAAUUGAAAGCUGAAUAUUCUGAAGCAUUAAAAAAUGCAUCAAUCUUAAACUUCAAAGAAUUCUAUAAUAAACAGGGAAAAGACGAUGUCUGGUCAUUGACCAAUAAAUUACUUAAAACUAAACCUCUUACUCAACCACCAUCGACAGUAAAAUUAAGAAACGGUUAUUAUACUGUAAUUACUACCGGGGCAGCCAAACUAUUUCUAAACGAAUACUUCCCUGAUGACACACCUGAUGUGACAGAACAGCAGCUUGAAGCAAGAUCACUCAUGGAAAUCUCUCCAAAGACCACUCCUGACCCGUCAUUCACCACUGAAGAGAUCUUGGACUGCCUCAAGGCUAUGAAUCCCAACAAGUCACCAGGACCCAACCAUCUAAUGUCAGACAAUUGUCUAAUGUUUGCGAAAUGGUAUCCUUCAACGGUCACUUUAAUAAUGAAUAAAUGUUUGGAGCUAAAAUAUUUUCCGAAAAUAUGGAAGGAAGCAUACAUCAAAAUAAUACCUAAACCCAACAAAUCAAACAAUUUGAUACUGCUGCAUACCAACCUAUAG